GUGUAGGAAUACAUUAAGACUGGGUGCACCAAGAGACAUCUGCGUUCGAUUUAGAAGUGUGUGAAACUUUAUAAAUUAUAGAACGUUAGGUCUUGUGUUGAACAACAUACAGAAAUUUACGAAAUAUGGCAGAUCAGUUGACAGAAGAACAGAUUGCAGAAUUCAAGGAAGCUUUCUCACUUUUUGACAAAGAUGGUGAUGGAACCAUCACGACUAAAGAACUUGGAACUGUGAUGAGAUCACUAGGACAAAACCCUACUGAAGCAGAAUUACAGGAUAUGAUUAAUGAGGUUGAUGCAGAUGGAAAUGGUACAAUUGAUUUUCCUGAAUUUCUCACAAUGAUGGCAAGGAAGAUGAAAGAUACAGACAGUGAAGAAGAAAUCAGAGAGGCCUUUAGAGUAUUUGACAAAGAUGGUAACGGUUUCAUUAGUGCAGCUGAACUUCGUCACGUUAUGACAAAUCUCGGAGAGAAAUUAACAGAUGAAGAAGUAGAUGAAAUGAUCAGAGAAGCAGAUAUUGAUGGUGAUGGUCAAGUAAACUAUGAAGAAUUUGUCACCAUGAUGACAUCAAAAUGAAAUUAACGAUUUUUGUGAACCUUGUCAUUAAAACGUUGAAGUAUAUCUGCUGGAGUUUGCUUUCCAUUUUAAUUUAGGUUUAACACCCACUUCAUCCUGGUGUUUUUCUUGUAAAAAAUUUUGUACCAUAAAAAUAAAAAAAAACUAUGUGAUAGCUCUUCAUUUUAGAACAUCCUAAUCCAUGCUUUUUAUGAACAUUUCUUCAUUCUCAUAAAAAAAA